GAGAGGGCGGGGCUUCGUGUGAAGGGGAGCGCAGCGCAGCGAAUGGGAGAGAAGGAGAGGAGAAGAGGUGUCCCUGGCUCAAAAUGCCCUUGCCUGAGCACUGAGGGCUUGGAGAGGCUGAGAGGAAGGAGAGGGGAGCUGGGAAAGACACGCCGGCAGGUGCUGAGGACAGGACAAGUGUAUAGGUCAGAAAUAAGUAAAAGAAAGCUUAUCAGGGGAAGGUGUAGGCAAGAGAUAAAAUAAAUAGAAGAAAAAAGAAACUGGCUAUUUUUUGGGAAAAGCUGGAGCCCACUUAUUUUUUUUAAUCCUGGUUCAUUUACCUCUGCACGGAUUCUCCUCUUCGUCUUCUUCUUCUUCUUCUUGCUCUCCUCUCCUCUCUGACAGACAGCACCACCAUGGAAACCGGGAGCCCCAGAAAGAUUCAGUUCACCGUCCCCCUGCUGGACACCCACCUGGACCCAGAGGCAGCAGAACAAAUCAGAAGACGCAGACCCACACCUGCAACUCUGGUGGCGUCCAGUGAUCAGUCCUCACCAGAAAUAGAUGAAGAUCGGCUUCCAAACCAGUUGUAUAAGGCUGCUCUGUUGAACUCUCCCCGACAACGAAGAAAAGGACAAAAGGGGACACCAACAAUGAAAGAGCUGCAGUUUCUUGUAGAACAUCACCUGUACAGGCAGCAGCAGGGAGCUGGAGACGAAUGCUCCUCAGAAAGCUGCUUGUCUGACCGGCCCAGUCCCGACUCUGUUCCCACUGGCGAGGAGCUCCCACAUGAUGACGAGGCCACUGCAGAGGCCUUUGAAAAGCUGCGCUGCCAAAUGGAAGAGUUCUCCAGGGAGAGCCUAUUAGAUGCCGGCGGUGAACUGGAGUGCCCCCUCUCCAAGGAGAAAAACGAUUGUUCCAGUGUGGCCACCGUAGCAGAUCCCUCGUCCCAGAAAGAAAAUGCACUAACAGACACAAAGGCAGGAGCAUCCAGUGCAAAUCAGCCAUCAGGGAAGAAGACAAAGAAAGUCAGCCUCGAGACAAAGAAAUAAAGACGUCUGUGCAGCCAAAUGUUGUCCAGUCUGCCCAACGCAGUGACAAAAGAUUGUCCAUGCAGAUUGAGGAACAUCAGGGCAUCGCUAUACCUCUGCAGCCAGGUUUUAGUUACCACCUCAAGAAUAAGACAAAAUCUUUCUUUAUCUAUUUGUGAAAAAUUAAACUACAUUUUUAACAGUUUUUACUGUACUGCUCUGAAGCUAGCCAAUUGUGUGUAUAAAUCUGAGAUUUGUGCCUCAGUAACACAUUCAUAACCGUGCUUCAUACAUGACAUUCCCUCUUAUUGAUCAAAACAAACAAACAAAAAUUGCAUAUCACUUUCUUUUACAGAUGUUUUAGUUUGUGCUAUGAGUUUCCUGUUUCACAUUGGAUUGAUAAAAUGGAUUAGCACAUCAUAAAAAAUGGAUGUGCUAAUGUAAUUAAAUUGUAAUUAGAAACGUGGUCCCUAACUGAGUGAGUUAACUGAGUGAGCAGUACAUUUGUGUUGAGUGAAAUUCAUAUCAGAAUGUAUAUUAACAUAACAUGCAUCACCUAAAAUAUAUGAGCUUUGAAUCUUGAAAUGAAUAACUUGCUGAAUUAUAAUAACUGGUUAAUUAUUGAGUUCAAAAAGUGGCCAAAAAUAAAUAAAUUAACUUUUAAAAAGUCCUUUCACCCCCAUUUUUAGUUAUGUAAUCACUUUCUUUUUUUUUUUUUUUUACCAAACAUGCACCUAUAAAAAGCAUCAUCACAAAGUCAGUGUUUUUUUCCCCAACAUUGUUUCAAGGAUUUUUUUACUCAUCACUGUUUAGCAUGAAUAAUAAUACUUCUGAAAGAAAAAAUUAUAACUUUGUUGAAUUGAUGAAAAAACUUCCUGUGACCAGAAUUAGCAUUCAACCGUGCUGCUAUUUUUUUCCAGCAGCUACUCAAGUUUGAUUAGACUCUAUUUUUUUCAUAAUUAGCCUGUAGUUGCUUUAACCUAGGGACCUGGCAUAUUUUCAGAUGAAAAAAGCAUUUCUAGCAUUUCCCUAAGCGUUGCUACCACGUCACAGCAUAACAUACUAAACAUGUUUACUUACAGUACUGUAUCGAAAUCCUGAUCAGGAUUUUUUUUUGUCCUGAUGUCAACCAACUUAAGCAUAUAGGCUGAUAAUUAGAGACAGUUCAAUAGACGUAAAUGUUUGUAAACUUCGUAAACUAACACACCACACUUAAUCAUUUUGACACUCAAUAACGAAUCACAAAUGUUUCCUCUUCUUAUGAUUCUUACCUUUUGUAAUUUUGUCCAAAUCACAAUUUUAGCUGGAUGGCCUGAAAACGCUGCUCUAAUAUGUAGGUUCACAAAACACUUCACCUCACACAUACAUAGCUUCAUUAUUUCCUUCUGAAGAUGAAUCUGACUUGACCAUAUAGAAACAGUUUUUAAUAAACUUAAUGUUUACAUUUUUGCUCCCUGCUUAAGGGCUGCUCAUUCCGUUUUGAUUACUUAUUGAUUCGUCGUUUAAUGAGGUUCUAGUCAUUUCUGUGCACAACAAAAAAAGUUGUUGUUCUACUCCAGAGAGUCACUACUUUGUUUUACUUGUCCUACAAUUUAAUGUCAAGUGUUUAAGCUGCAGCCGUCCCCUAAACUGACAGCUGUCUGUCCUUAUUCGACAAAUCAAGAGUAGCAGGUCUCCUGACACACACAGUGACCCAAUGCAGCCUCUUUCUCUCCGUACAAACAUCUUGAUAGAUUCUCAAGGGUCAAAACUAGAUUUGAACAACAAAAUAAAAUGCAUAAAUUACAAUGUUUUCCAAGCUGUAGUGAUUAGUUAAAAAAAAUUGGCCAUGCAAAACACAUCUAGUUGGUGUGGCAUUAAAUCAACAUCAUGAGGAGAGUUUUGGUGAUUUUGUCCCAAAAUCAAGAUGGAUACUUCUCUCAAAUGAUUUAUUUCAAAUUGAACUCUUGAGUUUGUGCAUGUAUUUUUUGUGUCUGUGGUGACUCUGUGAAGGGCUGGAAACUUGCUCAGAGUUUAUCUCAGUCCUGCCUAGUGACUGCUGUAAUAAGCUCCAGCACACUCUUUAGCAGACAACAGUCAAGUGUGGAAAAUUAAUCAUUUGAGUUGGACCCAUGAGCAUUCUACUUUUUGAAAAGUGUGACUUUAAUGAGUAGAUUAUUUCACUGCAUGGACAGAGUUAUAUGUUGCUCCUCCAUACAGAAAGCAGUUGAACCACCAGGUUGUAAAUGUGUAGUUGACAAGUGGAGCUCAUUACAUUGGGAUACAUUUGCAGAUUAAUUUACAUAUUUUGGAUUAGCACGGGGAAACUCAUCUCCACUGAGCAAACUGCACCAUCAUUCUUAACAUAUGACUGCUUAUUGGGAAUCUGAACCCAGGCCAUAAUAAACAUCUCAAUGCAUGGCACUGAAUGUAAAGUGAUGAUAUUUUUAGGUCUGAAUUUGAAGCAUUUACUAUACAUUGCUGUAUUUUAUACAACAAUCUAAAUAUUUAAAUAUGGACACGCAUUGUAAUUGCUGCAUUCUCUGUAAAAUAUUCUUCUAGUUUUGUAUGUGCUGAAGAAAUUAUGAAGCGAUCACCACUUUUUGAAUUGUUCUCAUCACAUUCUGAGGUAUUUGUUUCACUGCAGAGGCAUUAUCAUGUAGAUUAUGUGACAAUCCCUCCAUAACCUUCCCGUCAUAUUUACCAUGUCUGAAAAAAACAGAACCUCUUUAGUUAACACUUGCAGCACUGGCAAUUUUCUCAACAGCAAACAAAGACUGUAAAACAUUCCUGUAAAAGCUUUUAUUUCCCCUCCCCCUGUAUCUAUGAACCCUGUAAUGUUUGUGUUUUGAAUGGUAACAGUGUAGUUUAAAUGAAUUAUAUUUGGAAGUUUUUGUUUCUGUUUUAAUUGAAUGGAUAGCUGAUUUGCGUGUGUAAUCUACAUUUGUUUGAUACAAUAAAAUGUUUAAGUUGGUGA